CCUCCUGCUUACAUGGAGUGAAGUUUGCGCGUGCGUGUUUUCGAUUAGCUCCUCUGCACCGUAGUGAACUCAAGUGCCAGCAGCUUUUCAGCCAAAGCGGGGGCUAUCAGUAUGCUUGGGGAAGCCCCAAGAUAUCACCAUGGAAAUCAGUAGCAGAAUUGAGUGUAUCUUCUUCAGUGAAUUCCACCCAACACUUGGGCCUAAAAUAACAUACCAGGUACCAGAGGAUUUCAUUUCCCGAGAGCUCUUUGAUACAGUUCAAGUAUAUAUCAUCACCAAACCUGAACUGCAAAACAAGCUUAUCACAGUUACAGCUAUGGAAAAAAAGCUGAUUGGUUGCCCAGUCUGUAUUGAACAUAAAAAAUACAGCCGGAAUGCCUUGCUUUUCAACCUUGGCUUCGUUUGUGAUGCUAGAGCUAAGACCUGUGCACUGGAACCUAUUGUGAAGAAACUGGCAGGUUAUCUUACCACUCUAGAGCUUGAGAGUGGUUUCAUUUCCAAUGAUGAGAGUAAACAAAAGUUGAUCCCCAUCAUGACCAUCCUACUUGAGGAACUGAAUGCGACGGGCAGGUGCACACUGCCUAUAGAUGAAUCCAACACCAUUCACCUGAAAGUGAUUGAGCAACGUCCAGAUCCCCCCAUUGUGCAGGAAUAUGAUGUUCCUGUUUUCACACAAGACAAGGAUGACUUCUUCAAUUCCCAGUGGGACCUCACCACUCAGCAGAUCCUCCCAUACAUUGAUGGAUUUCGGCAUGUUCAGAAAAUAUCCGCUGAAGCAGAUGUGGAGCUCAAUUUGGUCCGAAUUGCCAUCCAGAACCUAUUAUACUAUGAAGUAGUGACUUUGGUUUCCAUACUUCAGUACUCAAAUGUAUAUUGCACGACGCCUAAAGUCCAGGACCUGGUAGAUGAUAAAUGUCUCCAAGAUGAAUGUCUUUCAUAUGUCACAAAACCAGGUCACAAGCGAGCCAGCCUGAGAGACAUUUUCCAGCUGUACUGUGGGUUGAGCCCUGGCACAACUGUUCGAGACCUCAUUUGCCGCUAUACCCUCCAGCUCCAGAGAGUGGAUGAAAGGAAGCUCAUCCAGUUUGGUCUGAUGAAGGGCCUUAUUCGACGGCUCCAGAAGUAUCCUGUGAAAAUAUCCCGGGAUGAAAGAAGUCAUCCAGCACGACUGUACACAGGCUGUCAUAGUUAUGAUGAGAUUUGCUGUAAAACAGGAAUGAGCUACAGGGAGUUGGAUGAAAGGUUGGAGAAUGAUCCCAAUAUAAUUGUUUGCUGGAAAUGAGUCUCUCCAAGAAACAGCCCAUGUUCAAUUUGUCAUGUUAUAUUAACUAUUAAUUGGGCUGCAUGGGACUUUGAGGAUGCUUCAAAACUUCUUCUGAGAUCAUUAAAAGCACAUGGAUCAAAUUGUAUGGCGUGAUGGAUGUUUUUCAGAUCAGUAAUGCCCUAGAUGGGACUGGGGUAUUUUUGCAUUGCUUAGUGCAGAUGAGCAUAGAUCCCAUUUUCUCUGAGGAGCUAAACACACAAAUCUGUAUCAAGAAAUUUUUUUGUUUGUAAAUAAAGCUAAGUUUCAGAUUUAGAGAAUUGUGGGAGGUGGGUGUUUAACCUAUUCUCUGUUGGUGUUUUCUCUUCAAAACCCCAUAGUUGCUUCACCCCAAGGGGGUUACAGAUGCAGAUUUACAAAGGCAAAAUGGUUCUGCAGCCCCCAUAAGGGGAAAAGCAGCUCAGGAGGAUUUGAAGCAGAAAAAUGGCUGGUGGGGAAUGGGUUAAGUCUUCACUCUUAACCAGCUGCGCCUCAGUUUAAAAUCCUGUGUAGUUUGUCCUGAAGUAAUAGAAAAGGCUCACCCACUUAUUGCUGUCCCCGCUUCGUUUUCCCCUUAGUAAAUGAACUGUGCCUGUCUGCAAAAUCCAACUUUUUAACACGUAAGCAGCAUGACACUUCUUGCCUUGAGCUCCUUCCAGUGUUUGCAGUUAAUCUUUUCUCUUGUUACAUGUCUAGCAAAAAGGUUACAAACUCUGGUAAAAUAUCUGCUACAGCCCUCCCCAACCUAGUACUCUCCAUAUGUUUUUGACUUCAACUCCCAUCAGCCUCAGCCAGCAUGGCAUAGUCAGGAAUGUAGGAAGUUGUAGUCUAAAACAUCUGGAAGGCACUAAGUUGGGGAAGGCUGAUCUGCUGUGAAGAAUCUAGCAUUGUCAAACAUGGUUCCUUUCCUUAGAUAAAGUACUAAAUGAGAAAGUAUUGUAAUAAAAUUGUACAAAUAAACUGGAUGUCAUAUUUGUUAUAA